AUGGCUGAGAAGAUUGCGAUUGACAAGAACACCUUCUUCAACCACCUAUCAAACUUCUAUGCGUCAUGGAAGGCCGACAAGCGCUCGUCUAACGCCCUGUUUGGCGGCGCCGGCUCGAUUGUCAUUCUCAUGGGCAAGACCAAGAGCGACGAGAGCUCAUUCCAAAAGAACAACGCCAUGCACUUCUGGCUUCUCGGCUACGAGUUCCCCGCGACUCUCUUAGUCCUGACGACCGAAGCGAUUUACGUGGUCACAACAGCCAAGAAGGCUGAACUUCUCGAGCCUUUAAAGGGUGGGAAGAUCCCAGUUGAGCUUCUUGUGACGACCAAGGAUCCAGAGUCGAAAACCAAAGCUUUCGAAAAGUGCCUUGAUGUUAUCAAGGGCGCUGGGAAGAAAGUCGGCACCCUACCCAAAGAUACAACCACCGGACCGUUCGCCGACGAUUGGAAACGCGCGUUCUCAGACAUCUCGAAGGAGGUGGAGGAGGUGGACAUCACCCCGGCGCUUUCCACCGCCUUUGCGAUCAAGGACCCGGAGGAGCUGGUUUCUAUUCGCAAUGCAUCCAGGGCUUGCAGUGGUUUGAUGUCGGAGUACUUCGUGGACGAGAUGUCCCGACUGCUUGACGAAGAGAAGCCGAUCACUCACAAGGCUCUCGCGGCGAAGGUGGAUGCUAAAAUGGACGAUUCCAAAUUUUUCAACAAGCUUGCGCGCCUGCCUUCUGAGUUUGACGCCGACCAGAUUGACUGGGCUUACGGACCGGUGGUGCAGAGUGGAGGGGCCUACGAUCUGAAGUUGACUGCUACUUCCGACAGCAGCAACCUGAAGCCGGGCAUCAUCUUGUCCAGCUUUGGUAUCCGCUACAAAACGUACAAUUCACUCAUCGGACGGACGUAUCUGGUGGAUCCCAGCAAGUCUCAGGAAGCAAACUACGCGUUCCUGCUGAAUCUCCACGAUGUGGUUAUGAAAGAGAUCCGUGACGGGCCCGAACUGGAGAACCACCUGACCAAGAACGUCGGUGCGGGCAUUGGUAUUGAAUUGCGGGAUACGAACAUGAUCCUCAACGCCAAGAACAACCGCGUUCUCAAGAAUGGCAUGACGCUGGCGAUCACCAUCGGCCUGACGGAUGUGAAGGAUACGGACUCAAAGUCUAAGGGAAGUGAUGUUUACUCCAUGGUGAUCACCGACACUGUUCGUGUUGGAGAGAGCAGCCCUCACAUUUUCACCAAAGAUGCCGGUAUUGACAUGGAUUCUGUCUCAUUCUACUUCGGAGAUGAAGAAGAGCCUGAGAAGCCUGUGAAGGAGAAAAAAGAGUCGAAAUCCAGUGCCAUUGCAAGCCGAAAUGUCACGCGGACCAAAUUGCGUGCCGAGCGACCAACCCAGAUCAACGAGGGUGCCGAAGCUCGUCGCCGUGAGCACCAGAAAGAGCUUGCUGGAAAGAAGACAAAGGAGGGCCUGGACAGGUUCACGGGCACCACUGGAGACGACAAUGGUGUGGCCCAGAAGAAAUUCAAGCGCUUUGAGUCCUACAAGCGCGAUAAUCAGCUACCUCUCAAAGUCAAGGAUUUGACGGUCUACGUUGAUCACAAAGCCGCGACUGUCAUCGUCCCCAUCAUGGGCAGGCCCGUGCCUUUCCACAUUAACACAAUCAAAAACGCGAGCAAGAGUGAUGAAGGCGAAUAUGCUUAUCUGCGGAUCAACUUCCUUUCCCCCGGCCAGGGAGUGGGCCGCAAGGACGAUCAGCCAUUUGAAGAUCCGUCCGCCCACUUCGUUCGCAAUCUGACCCUGCGGUCCAAGAAUAACGAUAGACUUGCGCAAGUCGCGCAGGAUAUCACUGAACUUCGCAAGACCGCCUUGAGGCGGGAGCAGGAAAAGAAGGAAUUGGAGGAUGUGGUUGAGCAGGACAAGCUCGUUGAAAUCAGAAACCGACGUCCGGUGAAAUUGCCCGACGUGUAUCUGCGACCUCCCUUGGAUGGCAAGCGUGUACCUGGCGAAGUGGAAAUUCACCAGAAUGGUCUUCGCUACUUGUCACCUUUCCGAAGCGAGCAUGUCGACGUGCUGUUCAGCAACGUCAAGCAUCUCUUCUUCCAGCCUUGCGCGCAUGAGCUGAUCGUUCUCAUUCAUGUCCACCUGAAGACACCCAUCAUUAUUGGAAAGAGAAAGACUCGGGAUGUGCAGUUCUACCGCGAGGCCACCGAGAUGCAGUUCGAUGAAACUGGCAAUCGUCGGCGCAAGCACCGGUAUGGUGAUGAAGAAGAGUUUGAGGCUGAGCAGGAAGAAAGACGGCGGAGAGCCGCGCUCGACCGUGAGUUCAAGGCGUUUGCCGAGAAGAUUGCCGAUGCUGGAAAGGAUGAAGGGGUGGAUGUCGACAUUCCCUUCCGAGAGAUUGGAUUUACUGGUGUCCCCAAUCGUUCCAAUGUCUUGAUUCAGCCCACUACGGACGCUCUCGUGCAGCUCACUGAGCCGCCCUUCAUGGUCAUAACGCUCAAUGAGAUUGAGAUUGCCCAUUUGGAGAGAGUGCAGUUUGGUCUCAAAAACUUCGAUCUUGUCUUCGUGUUUAAGGACUUCCACCGCGCUCCCGUUCAUGUCAACACAAUCCCUAUGGAGGCACUAGAGGGCGUCAAGGACUGGCUAGACUCCGUUGAUAUCGCCUUCACUGAGGGUCCGCUGAACCUGAACUGGACCACGAUCAUGAAGACGGUCGUGAGUGAUCCAUACGGCUUCUUCGCCGACGGCGGUUGGUCUUUCCUGGCCGCUGAGUCGGACUCGGAGGGCUCUGAGGAGGAGGAAGAGUCGGCAUUCGAACCGUCCGGCUCGGAGCUGGCUGCUGAUGAGAGCUCUGAGGAAGACAGCGAGUAUGAUGAAGAUGCUAGCGCUGACGGGAGCGAGGAAGAGUUCAGUGGCGACGAGGAGAGUGGUGAGGAUUGGGACGAGCUGGAGAAGAAAGCAAAGCGCCAGGACAAGGAGAACAGGAUGGACGAGGAUGACCGCGGUAUCAAGCGGAAGCGCUAA